AUGAGGAGGAGAGGGUCGGAUUUCCGGAGGGGAGGGCGGCGGAAGAUAUCGAAUGUGGUGUGGUGGCUGCUCUGUGGGCUUGUCGUCAUCCUCUUCAUCUUCAUUCUCAGCAAGGCUGGUCACAUUGAACCCAGGCCUUCCAUCCCCAAGCGCCGUUACCGUCAUGAGAAAUUCGCGGAGGGCAUGAACAUGACCGAGGAAAUGCUGAGCCCAACCUCCGUUGCUCGCCAGGUGAACGACCAGAUUGCUCUGGCCAAAGCCUUUGUUGUCAUCGCCAAAGAAAGUAAAAACCUUCAGUUUGCGUGGGACCUCAGCGCCCAGAUCCGCAACUCGCAGCUGCUUCUCUCCACUGCCGCCACCAGGAGGCAUCCUCUGACGGUGCUCGAGUCUGAGCCUACUAUCCGCGACAUGGCUGUCCUCCUCUACCAGGCCCAGCAGCUUCACUACGACAGUGCCACCAUGAUCAUGCGGCUCAAGGCCACCCUCCAGUCCCUCGAAGAGAAGACCUCUUCUCUCUCUGAAAAGAGCGCCAAGUACGGCCAGAUUGCCGCCGAGGAAGUCCCCAAGAGUCUCUACUGCCUCGGUGUCCGUCUCACCACCGAGUGGUUUCAGAACUCAGACCUGCAGAGAAAGCUCCAGGAGAGAAGCCAUGUGGCCUCCAAACUCACAGAUAACGCUCUCUACCAUUUCUGCGUCUUCUCUGAUAACAUCAUUGCUACUUCCGUGGUGGUCAAUUCCACUGCCCUCAACUCCAAGUCCCCUGAGAAGGUCGUGUUUCACCUGGUGACUAACGAGAUCAACUAUGCUGCCAUGAAAGCCUGGUUCUCCAUCAACAUGGACAACCUCAGAGGAGUCACCGUGGAUGUCCAGAAAUUCGAGGAUUUCAGCUGGCUCAAUGCUUCCUAUGUCCCGGUCCUCAAACAGCUCCAAGACUCUGAGACGCAGAGCUACUACUUCUCUGGACACAAGGACGAUGGACGCACCCCCAUCAAAUUCAGAAACCCCAAGUACCUCUCCAUGCUCAACCAUCUCAGGUUUUACAUCCCCCAGGUGUUUCCUGCCCUCAAGAAGGUGGUCUUCCUUGACGAUGACGUCAUUGUCAGGAAAGACCUCUCCGCUCUCUUUUCAAUCGAUCUGAACAGAAACGUCAACGGGGCUGUUGAGACGUGCAUGGAGACUUUCCACCGCUACCACAAGUACUUGAACUAUUCCCAUCCUCUGAUUCGCUCCCACUUCGAUCCGGAUGCCUGUGGGUGGGCCUUUGGGAUGAACGUCUUUGAUCUUGUUGAGUGGAGGAAGCGAAAUGUGACCGGAAUAUACCACUACUGGCAAGAGAAGAACGUGGACCGGACCUUGUGGAAGCUCGGCACUCUGCCUCCAGGGCUUCUCACCUUCUACGGCCUAACAGAGGCACUAGAGGCUUCGUGGCACAUCCUGGGAUUGGGAUACACCACUGUGGAUGCUCGUGUCAUUGACAAGGGAGCUGUUCUCCACUUCAAUGGCAACUUAAAGCCCUGGUUGAAGAUCGGCCUUGAGCAGUACAAACCUCUGUGGGAGAGAUACGUUGAUUACACUCACCCUUUUAUGCAACAAUGCAAUUUUCAUUGA